AGCAUGCUGGCUAUCGCUCUUAUUUUGUACAUCUGCCGCAUGGUCUCCAGGUCGCGACCAACUUUCAAGCUUAGCUGGGAUGAUUAUCUGAUCACUAUCGCGGUGGGCUUUGUUAUAACAAACUACUCGAUCACAAUAUAUAGUACCUCACUUGGCUAUGGACGACAUAUCGAAUUCCUCGAGCCCGCUGAUGCGCCUUUAUACAUCAAGUUGACGUGGGCCAAUCAGAUCAUUUGGUCAUGGGGAGUGAUGUUCAUCAAGCUCUCCGUUGCAGCAAUGCUUCUUCGGAUUCAAAGGGAUAUUCUUUGGAGAGUCGGCAUGGGUGCAUGCAUCGUAUACCUCAUCGUAUCUGCCAUCGUCACGAUGGCCUUACAGAUGACUGAGUGCACACCAAUAGAGUACUAUUGGAACAAAACGACCAUCCAAGGAACUUGCCGGACUCGAGAGGACGUAUUCAGAGCAGUCUUGGCGACAUCGAUUGCCUUAAUAUUAUCCGACGUCGUGUUUGCACUCCUCCCUCUUACCUUCAUCUUUUCACUCCGCCGCCCUCUACGAGACAAGCUAGUCCUCACCUUUCUCAUGGGUCUGGGGCUACUCUGUACGGCUAUUGGCACCCGGAAACUGUUCUACGCCAAGGAGUUCCAAAGAGUGAAUGAGAAAGAUACGUCAUGGUCCUCGGUCGAGAUGAGAGUGUGGGCUUACGCCGAAUCAUACGUCGGCAUUAUGGCCGCCUGCAUCCCCUGCCUUCGUGCGAUGUUCGAGAGCGGACUUAAGAAGAUCGGCAUA